GUGGCCGAGUAGUUUUAAAGAAAGCUAAAAUAAUCUAAUAUAUUGUGCUGUACAAAGCUAAUUCAUAUGCCGAUUUGAAGAAGGGAUUCGACGGAUUAAAACAAUAUACCGGUGUAUGAUAUACAGGAUACGUGUCUUUCAUGACAAAUAAGAAUACAUUAAAUUGCCUUUAGUUUGAAUGGAAAUCGGCGCCACAGGAACAAGUGAGGUCUGCCUGUGUAAUCAGUCUACCAGUCUGUGAGCUGCUGUCUGCUGGAGGGAGUGUAACUGCUGGAGCCCGACAAUGAAUGCACUUUGAAAACCGUAUAACGUUAGCUGGUUGGGUUUUUAAAGUAGCUGCAGACGUUUCUUUAGCUAUUUCAACACGAACACGCUUCCCCGCUGUGUGCUGUUGUAACUCUUUGUUGUGAAGGGAGUUAUUAACAGACCGCUAACUGCUAGCAUGUUAGCUAUAGCCACAUGUUACAUUUAGGUUUCCGUCCUCUUCGCUUCCACUCAGAUAUCGGUUAAUGUCGAUAUGGCCCGUAGGAAAGAAGCAUUUCAAUCAAAAGUACUCCAGAAGCUCUACCCUGCAGCUCCCAAAUUGGAGAAGGAGCCCAGCCCACCACACAUGGUAGAGGCCCUCGCCAAAAAAAACAACGUGAAAAGAAAAGCCUCCCAAGAGGACGCAGCCACUGGAAAUGCAGGGAAGACACAGAGUGCAGCCAUUCCAUGCGGGCGGAUGUACACGGUCCUACCUCCUCCUGCAGACUUCAAGACGGAUUCGGAGAAAUCCGUCACACUCCCCCAGCUAGAAAGCAUAAAUAGUGCCGAGGACCCAGCUGACGACAGCGUCCAUGAUGGCAAUGAAGAACUAGACCAAGAUAAAGAGGAAGAACAGAAAAGAAAAAGGAGAAGAAGGAAAAGAAAACCAGCCCUUUACCAGCUCUCUGGGAAAGAUGCAGCAGUUCCAGGGAGUGAGUCGGGCAUGUGUCAGAGUCAGACACCUGUGGAUGAGGGAGGAGAGCGCAUUAGCAGGAACAAGAAGAGGAAGCUGAAGAAGAAACACAAAGAAAAGCUGCUCUCGUGGCCUGAUGCCCGGCGCUGCUAG